AUGCCCCACUACAAACUGACGUACUUCCCCAUUAGAGGCGCCGGAGAAGGAUCUCGACAGGUACUCAGUUUUAGGAAAAAAAAAACUGUAUGGUGAGCUUUUUCAGAUCUUCGCUUUGGCUGGCCAAGAGUUUGAAGACAACCGAGUGCCUCGCGAACAAUGGCUCACGCUGAAGCCUAGUAAGCUUGAAACAGUAAAUAUUUAUAAAGGUUGACGUCACUUUCAGCGGCUCCCUUUGGUCAGAUGCCGUAUUUGGAGUUUGACGGCAAGAAGUUGGCCCAGUCGUACGCCAUCAACCGCUACUUGGCGCGUCAGUUCGGUUUCGCCGGCAAGUCUGCCUUUGAAGAAGCUCUGGUGAGAAUUAACGGAUGAAGAGACCUUUAUACAUAUAUUAUUGUAGGUUGACUCUUUGGCGGAUCAUUUGAAGGACCACAUGUCCGAGUGCCGUCCUUACUUCGUGGUGUUCGCUGGGUUCGGAGAAGGUGAUGUCGACAAACUGCGUCGCGAGACUUUGGCGCCUGCCGUCACCAAGAACUACGCUUUCUUCACCAAGUUCCUGAAGGAGAACGGCUCCGGCUUCCUCGUCGGCAGCUCGGUUACCUGGGUUGAUCUGCUCGUCGCUCAGCACACUGCUGAUCUUCUGAAGAACUCGCCCGAAGUUCUCGACGCUUUCCCUGAAGUUAAGGCUCAUCAGCAGAAAAUUCACUCUAUUCCCAACAUUAAAAAGUGGCUCGAGACUCGCCCUGAAACUCCUUUCUAA